UGUUUGGUCUCUGGUUCCACCACCUUCUCAAUCAGCUUCUCCAAGGCAAACAGAAACCAUCCUCAAGAAUGUCAGAGGCCAAACAUUUAGACAUCCCAGCUGUGAUCGUUGACAAUGGCUCCGGCCUUUGCAAAGCCGGUAUCGCUGGGGAAAGCGCCCCGAGGUCUGUGAUCACAGCCAUUGUGGGUCGCUCAAAAGCUAAAGCUUCCAUGCUUGGGGCCGGCCAGAAGGAAUAUUACAUCGGCGAAGAAGCCCAGUCCAAAAGGGGAGUUUUGUCGUUGAAUUAUCCCAUUGACCAUGGCAUCGUGACGUGUUGGGAUGACAUGGAGAGGAUAUGGCGGCAUAUAUAUAAGUGUGAAUUGAGGAUCAAAGCCAGCGACAGACCCGUCUUGCUCACCGAAGCCCCACUGAAUCCCUUACAGAAUCGGGAAAGGAUGACGGAGAUCAUGUUUGAGAACUUCAAGGUGCCGGCCAUGUAUGUUGCGGUCCAGGCGACGCUGGCUCUCUACGCAUCAGCACGAACCACAGGGAUUGUCAUGGACAGUGGAGCCGGCGUGACCCACACUGUCCCUAUCUAUGAAGGCUACUGCCUGCCGCAUGCGGUAUCCAGGUUAGAUGUUGCUGGAAGGGAUAUCACCGAAUACUUCAUGCGGCUGCUCCUGGAGAGUGGUCAUUCCUUCGUCAGCACAGCUGAAAGAGAAAUCGUGAAGGACAUCAAGGAGAAGCUAUGUUAUGUGGCUCUAGAUCCCAUCCUGGAAAUACAAGCGAAGCCAGAAUACCUGUUGAGAGAGUUCAAACUGCCAGAUGGCAACGUGAUCAAGAUCGGGAGCCAGCUUUUCCGAGCCCCCGAGGCCCUUUUCACUCCGGCCAGCUUGGGCGUCGAUGCUCCCGGGGUCCACCAGAUGAUCUUCAACAGCAUCAUGAAAUGUGACAUCGAUCUCCGCCGAGAUCUUUACGGGAACAUUCUCCUCGCGGGCGGGUCCACCUUGUUUUGCGGCUUGGACGAGCGUGUCUUGAAAGAGAUGCAGCUCCAGGUGCCGAUCGGGAUAUCGGUCCGGAUCAUCGCACCCCCGGAGAGGAAGUACUGCGUGUGGAUCGGGGCCUCGAUCCUGGCCUGCUUGACCUCUUUUAGGCAAAUGUGGGUCACCUUCCAAGAUUACGAAGAGUUUGGCCCGGGUGUGAUUCAUCGGAAAUGUAUUUAAAUAAAAACCACCCAUGAAUUUGACAAAACAGAAGGUGUGGCCAAUACAUGACCCUCCAUAUAUAUCUAUAUAGAGACAUAUAUAGAGAUAUUUGAAAGCGGUCCUCCAUAUAUAU